UUUCGUUCUAGGUUUUGUUCAGGGGGGAGGAAAAAAAGUGGGGAGCUUUUCUGAAUGGAGCUGAAUUCGCCCGUGUAAACAUGCUGGACUUUCCUCUGAUGACAACCCAUCACCAUGAAUUUGCCACUCUUUAUGGUCGCUGGCGUCCUGGUACAUUGUGUGUUCCUGAUCUCUAUUUUUGACAUAUACUUCACUUCUCCUUUGGUUCAUGGCAUGACACCUCACCAGACUCCGCUGCUGCCACCCGCACAGCGUCUAGUACUUUUUGUUGCAGAUGGCCUGCGUGCAGACUCCCUCUACGAACUGGAUAACAAUGGCACUUCUGUGGCUCCGUACCUAAGGGAUAUCAUAAUAUCCAAAGGCAGCUGGGGUGUGUCUCAUACUCGUGUCCCAACGGAAUCUAGACCAGGGCACGUUGCCCUCAUAGCUGGAUUUUAUGAAGAUGUCAGUGCUGUUGCUAGAGGAUGGAAAGAAAACCCCGUGGAAUUUGAUUCACUUUUCAAUGAAAGUAAAUACACUUGGAGCUGGGGUAGUCCCGAUAUUCUGCCUAUGUUUGCUAAAGGUGCCAGCGGGGAUCACGUUUAUAGCCAUUGUUAUGAAGCUGGAAGUGAAGACUUUGGAGCAGAAGAUGCCACUGUGCUAGACACUUGGGUUUUUGACCAUGUUAAGGAUUUUUUCAACUCUGCUAGAAGCAAUGCAACCUUGCUUUCUAAGCUGCAUGAACAGAAAAUUGUUUUCUUCCUGCAUUUAUUAGGGAUAGACACAAACGGGCACGCUCAUCGACCUCAUUCAAGGGAAUACAAGAGCAACAUCAGGAAGGUCGAUGAAGGUGUGAAAGAAAUUGUGUCACUGGUUGAGGAUUUUUACAGAAACGAUGGCAACACAGCUUUUAUCCUGACCUCAGACCAUGGAAUGACAGAUUGGGGAUCUCAUGGGGCCGGUCAUCCCUCAGAGACUUUAACACCAUUAGUUGCUUGGGGAACAGGAAUAAAAUCUCCACAGCAUGUCUCUUCCCAGCAAUUUGACGAUGAAUUUUUAAAAGAGUGGAAACUGGAGGCCUGGAAGCGGCAGGAUGUCAACCAGGCUGAUAUUGCCCCGCUGAUGGCUUCUCUCAUUGGAGUUCCUUUUCCCUUGAAUUCUGUGGGAAUUCUGCCUCUGGGAUAUCUGAACAAUACAGCUCGUUUUAAGGCAGAAAGCAUAUUUACAAAUGCUGCUCAGAUCCUUGAACAAUUUAAGGUUAAGAUGGCUCAGAAGAAGAAAACCACAUUAUCAUUUCUGUUCUCACCAUUCAAGUCUCUUUCUGAUUCAGAACAAAUAGACUUUCUUAGAAAAGCAAGGACUUAUAUUCAGCAUGAAAAAUACGAGGAAGCGGUAUCUCUUUGUAGAGAGCUGAUUAGCCUUGCUUUACAGGGGCUGUCCUAUUAUCAUACCUAUGACAGGAUUUUCCUAGGCAUAAGUGUUGCCCUGAGUUUUGUAGGCUGGACAUCUUAUGUGAUUCUGGUUAUUAUAAAGGCACAUACAAGCCUGACCUGGAGGACCCCAAAUAAGGAUAUCAGCAGUCUUCUCCAGUAUUUAUUUCCUGCCUUUGGAGCGCUAAUAGUAAUUUUCCUGCUCAUUCAGAGCUUGCCAUGGACUUAUUACAUAUAUUGUCUAUUGCCGGUGCCAAUAUGGUAUGCAGUUUUAAAAGAAUACCCCAUUAUUCAAGCACUGGCCACAUCUCUCUUGAACAUUCCAUGGACUCAUUCUGUUGGAUUCCUGCUAUCUUCUACUUUGGGAAUUGAAAUAUUAGUCUUCUCCUUUUUCUACCGCUCUACACUCAGCUGUGGCCUCAUCGCCUUUUCGUUGUGGCCCUUGGUCAGUCAGCUGUGGACCAAAGCAAAGGCAAUGGUGCUAAGCUGGAUUCUUUCCUGUUUGCUUCUGGCAGUCUUCCCCUUGAUGCCUGUUGUAGGAAGAGAUCAAAAUAUCCCUCUAGUAUCAGCAGCAGGCUUGCUGAUUCUCCUGUCUUCAUCCUGCCUGGUGGCAUUACUUUGGAAAAGCCAGAAAAAAUACAUACAUGGUAAAGAUCUCCAAGUAUACCUCUUUCAGUUGCUGAGCCUGGCACUUUCAGCUUAUGUCGUAAAAACUACUCACAGCAGUCUUGAAAGCAAACAAGGAUUGCCUUUAAUAAAUCAGAUUAUUAGCUGGACAACAUUAGCUUCAUCCUUGAUAGUGCCGCUAUUAAGCUCUACGGUGCUCUUUUCCAGGCUGCUGAGCAUACUCCUUUCGCUGAUGUCCACAUAUCUUCUGCUUAGCACAGGGUAUGAAGUCCUUUUUCCUCCAGCCUUGGCUUUGUUGAUGUUUGUAUGGAUCAAUGUAGAACAAGAAGCACUGCAAGGCUAUGGAGUGUCAUUGAAACCAAAGCUUGCUGCCCUCAGCUUUUCGUACGCUGCUGAUAUAACUGAGUUUCAACAACUCCACGUGGAUGACGUCAGGCGAUCUUUUUUCUUUGUUUUUUUCAUAGUGACAGCCUUUUUUGGUACUGGAAACAUCGCUUCUAUUAACAGCUUUGAUCCAGCCUCAGUCUACUGCUUCUUGACUGUGUUCAGCCCUUUCAUGAUGGGAGCUUUGCUAUUGUGGAAGAUUGUAAUCCCUUUUGUUCUUGUGUCAUGUGCUUUCGAAGCCGUUCAAGUCACAACACAGCUAUCGUCUAAAAGGCUUUUUCUCAUUGUUCUUGUGAUUUCAGACAUUAUGGCUUUGCACUUCUUUUUUCUGGUUAAAGAUUAUGGAAGCUGGCUGGAUAUUGGAACAAGCAUUAGCCAUUAUGUCCUUGUGAUGUCCUUUGCCAUAUUCCUGAUGCUUUUAAGUGGAGUGGCCCAGCUGUUGACCACAAAGAGACUACAGCUGUGGGAAGGAAACAAGCAACAUUCAUUGUGACCAAAUGAUUGAGAUUUUUUAAAAAUCUUCAGUCAAACUGAGGAAUUCCUGGAAAACUUGAUGCUACGGAUGGUGGCACUCUUGACCCACCUUUCUUUUAGGAACUGAAUAGCUGUUUUGUUUGAUGGCCCAGUUGUGAAUCAAAUAGUCAGCAGGACAUCUACGAAAUCACCCUGGAAAGUGUGACAAGGUGUUCCAAAGCCUGUUGCUCAUAGGACAAGCAAGCGUUUUGCUCAUUGUGUCUCCCAAUCAGUGUUCAUUUCUGGAAUUAGUAAUGGACUGGAGUGCUAGAAGAUCAACAUUGCUGUGUUGAGAUUUGUUAAAGGCUUUUGCUUAUUCUUGAGGAUAAGAUCACUUUUGGACACUUUCAUAUGUGAGAUAUGACCCCCCCCCCUCAAAAAAACCCUUUAAUUGUGCUAUUGUUAAUUUUUCUAAGGAUACAUAUAUUUAUAUAUUCUUUUACAUUCUUUUUUUUUUUUAAAAAAAGAGAUUUGUUCUGUUUUAUAAGAAAAUGCUGUGGAUUGGUUUUACCAUUUGCUACUGUUUUUCAUUUGGGGUUUCCUUAUCUAAUGCACCUGAAAAACCCAGACCUCACCAUAAAUGAAACCAAGGAUGAGAUUUAGUUGUGUUUGUAUCCCACUUUUCUGAGGAGCUCAAACUUGUACAUGUGGGAUUGCCCCAUUUUUAUUCUUAUCCUAUAGGAUAGAGUGAGACACUGAAGUUUGCCCAAAGGCUAUAAAGGGGAGAAAGGAUUUAACUCUUUCCUGCUCUGGCUGACACCUGUUCACCAAAAUUAAGGAAAAGCUAGUCAAAGUGCUAUGAAUCUGUGAUUGGAUCUGCCAUCUCUUUACAUUUUGGUAAAAAGUAGGGCCGAAUCCACACGUCUCAAGUUUUCCUCUUUCCCCCCCACCCAUUAUUCACUUCUCAGAGGGCUGUUCACAUACUCUUACCACAAUCCUGCCAUUCUCUCACGUCUUUCGCGUUGCGCCUCAGACGAAUUUGUCAUGCGUUCAAACGCUUCUCUUGCGCGGUUCUCACCGUGGAUGUGGACAAAUAGAAGCAUUUCACAAGGAGACCUGCCCCUUCAAACCACCCCACUUCCGUGUUUGCAGCCUUUCUGGAACACCAUCCCUUUGCCAUGCAAUUAUCAAGCUUUUCCACUCUCUCCGCAGCAUGCCUGCCUACCCGCCCUUUCCCUUUUUUUUUCUUUUUAAAAAAGGGGACUUUCCCAGCAUUGUUGCACAAUCCCGGCCAUGAAUCUUAAUCGGGGUGCUCCAAAAUCCCCGCGGAGACAUCAAGGGGUGGCGCCAUUUCCAUUUCCGUGUCAUUUUUAGGAUGCUGGACAGUCGGAAAUAUCAGUGGCUGUUAAAAUUAAUUUUUUUAACUGUUGAAAUUACCAUUAUAGCGGAAAUCCGUCAUUCUAACAUUACAUUCAAGCGUCAAAUAAUUAUUCUGCCCGUUUGGAGAGUUUGGAUCACCCCCACCUUAAAUAUCAGUUCAAAUUAGCCCGCCAGAAUAAUGGUCCAAUGAAUUCCAAAGAAGAAGGCAUAAAAUAACAUUAACCAAUCACAGGCAUCAUAGGGGUGUGGCCUCGCCAUAGCAAUUUAGCAAAAAAACGCUAUAGCGGAAAUCUGAUGAAAAAAAAAUGAACGUGAUGUCGUCAUCGGCAACAUUGGAUCUAAACCCGCCCCGUAUUGCACGAUUCUACCAGGGAUGUGGACGAAGUAUAGCGUGAGGCAGCGGCAGUAAGAGAAGGGAUGUGAACACAGACUGGGACAUUGCAGGAUAGAAUCCAGCGCGAUUAAUGCACAUGAAAAGCGGAAGGUAGGGAAGUGUGGAUUCGGCCUAGGAGAGGCCAGUGGAGGAAGGAAGGUUGAUUGGGGGCUAUAUUGGUGACAAAGGGAGUUUCAGUUCAUGCUCCCUCUGCCAUUUCCACAUAGGUUGUUUGACUCAGGUUUGAUGCUGAUAAGAAGUGGAUUUUUUUCCUGCUUCUCCACAGCACUGGAAUGCAUUAGUGUACUCCUAAGGUUUCCUUGGCUUUUCUCUAAUCUUUCUCAAGUCUGGUUUGCUGCAGAGUUUCAGGGGGAACUUGCAGCAAAAAAAAUAAGGUAGAUGGCUACCUUAUAGGAUUGCCAGGUCCUCCAACUCCCCGGGAAGUGAUGUCGUCGUGUGGGUCACAUGCUGCCCUAGGAGUGCUCCUGAGUUUCCCAGGGGGCCAAAUCAGCCCGAAUCUAGCCACUGCGGAGCACAGCAGUGCUCCGCAGUGGAUGAUCCGGCAGGAGACUGGCAUCCCUACUCCCUUAUGUGUAGCAAAGUAUGGAUUUUCACAGUCCUGCUAUAUGGUUUUCCUUGCCCUUGUCAUCCUAGUGCUCAUUUCCACCCCGACAACCAGGGGCUUUUUAAAAAUUGGCAAUUGAAUAUUGUUAUAGUAUUAACAAUGUGUCUAUCAGGUUCUCUGAAUUUUCAGAUUUCAUUUAAAAUAAACCUCUAGCCUCUUUCUUUCUGGAGAUAUAGGAAGAAAUGCAUCUCUCCUCAACAAAAAGGGUCUAAAGCCUUAUUUCAAAAAAUUAAAGCUGGGAAUUCAGAGAACAUGAUAGACCCAUUCUUAUAAUGUUAUAGUGAUAUUUAACUGGUGAUCUUAAAAGCCCUGAUGGUGUGUGGGGUGGUGGCAGCUACUACCUAGGAACUGGGCCAGGGAAACUACAGAGAUGCCCACUAUGUGGAAGCCUUGUUGCCACUAUGCUGUUUUAGGGUCCGUAGCAGCAACAGGGAAGCUACACAAGUCUGGGUGUGGCAAGCACCUACGAAACUUGACAAUAUCUGGGACCAGGGAAUGUCUUCUUCUCUGUGAACCUUCCUGACAACUAAGAACAUUUUCUGUAGCUCUUCUCUUUAUACCCCCACUUUGAGAAGCAAGGUGGACAAGCAAAGAUGGGAUUUUUAUUGACCGUCCAAGACUUUGGACUCUCUCACCACAAUGUCUUAGGCAUUGAACAAAGACAGUUUAAUUCUCCUAGGUAGGCCUUGGAUUAAGUUAUUUAUCCUGUCUUGUUUUAACCUCUUUCUGGUUUGUUUAUUUAUCACUACUGGCUCUGAAUGAGAAAACUAUCCAGUCUUUAUUUCUGCUUGUUAUUUGUUUUUGGUUUUAAGUUGGGGUUUUGCAGCUUUAGCCAUUUGUCUGUUUUCCCUUUUUAUAUUUUUGCUGUUAACUAUUUUACUGGUGGUUUUAUUUAAUUUUUAGCUGCUGUUUUUAUUAUAGCUCUUACUGUAUUGUUUUGACAUAUGGCAUAAAUCACUGUGGGACUAUUAUGGCGAGAAAUAUUUUAAAUAAAUAAUGAGAUGAAACCAGCUAUUGUCAGGCAAUAAGCAACUUGCUGCCCAUCCAGCAUAAAGACGGCACUGAAUUUACUUACGCAA